AAUAUAUCACGGUUGGUUCCCUGUCGGGAGCCUGCUUGAGGGCCAACUCCGAGGCUAACACAUAUGCCCUCCUUCAACGUAUAUGAUUAGCGCUGCCCCGGCGAUUGCCCAGGAGGCCAUGUCCGCCUCGAUCGUGUCAGUGUCAGGCUGCCCCGCGGUCGUGUCGACCACCGACGUCUGCAGCACCUGCGUGGCGGCGGCGUGCGUGGUCCCAGCCACCAUCACGGCCGGCUGCGGCGACUGUCCGGAGAGCCCGCCGACCGUCUACCGCUCUUUCCCAUGCGAGGAGGGCUGCAACAACAUCGGCUGCCGGACCGUCUACCGUGUCGUCACCGCCACCGGUAGCGUCUGCCCCGCGGCUCCCACGCCGACGCCGAGCCAAGACCCGGAUAACCCGGCCGACGGCGACGACCCCACCGAGCCAGCAACCUCAGCGACAACGGCCAGUACCGCUGGCGCGGCCCGCUUAAUGCCAUUUCGUCUGUGGUAGAUAAUUAGGUGUAUUAUUUCUUUUUAAUUUUUCUUCUUUUUUUACCUUUUUUCCCCCCUCAUUUGGCAU